GGGGUGCCACCCAGUCUGCCCCAGAUCACGUUUGCCCCUAGCAGCCAACCAGUCGGGCCCAAGUGCCCGGGCAAGAAGCGAUUGGGGGCGAGUGAGCUCGGCCCCACGGUCCCCCGUCCGGGUCCCCCAGCCCCCGCUCGGGAGCGAGGCGGUAUAUCCUGCCCUCCCUGACCACCUCCCCUUCGUGGAAGCGGAGCGGCGGCCUCGCAGUAACGCAGAGGCGAAAUGUAGCGAGCCGGGUGUCGCGGCUGGACGCUCGCCUUGGCUGGGGGUGUAGGGGGCACGCCGGAGGCCGAGGAGGACUGCCGAGGAGGAGUGAUGAGAAGAGGGGGAUACCUGCACCCCCCAAGACCACGGGUCCCUGCUGCCACACGCCAGGCGCCCCCCUUCCUCCCCAGCGAGGGGCAGGUGUUCCAUACAGAUUCUUGUGACUUUCAGGACCAGGGAUUUGGGAAGGUGCAAGGUCUUUCCAGGAAGGAAGGGCAUCUCUGGAAAAAAGGAGAGAGACAGCAGACAGUGCCCUGGGACCAGCAGAGCCCGAGGAGCUGUGGGAAGCUGAAGGAGCCCAACCAGAGGCGGGGGAAGGAGCCACAGCCCCAGGCCGAGGCUGCCUUCUGAAAGAUCUGAACUCAAGCUACUUUAAUGAAAGAAGGGCCACCUCAGAGGGCACCCCAGACUUAGCUGGGCUCUUCUACUCUGGAUGCCCCUUGCUCUGAGAAGCCUGCACUGAGAACCAAAGAAGUUAAGAGGCCAGAGAAGCUUCCCCCAAGCACAGUGCUGGCCAGCUGGGUCAGGCAUCUGCACCCCGAGUGGCCAGCUGCAGAGUCUGGUGAGGAGUUUCUUGCUCCCCUCCAGCUCGUGGCUUCAGUGCUUGAUGGGGCUGCCUGUUGGUGGAUCAGUUUUUGCAGCGCCUGAUAGGAGCGGAGAGCCGUGGGAAGAGGUCCCGCGGCGACCAAGCCUGGGUUCGCCCCAAGACUAAGUUCUUUCCCGAGUUAGAAAGGGAGAGAAAGCAAAAAAAGAGAGAAGAGUUCCCCCUUCUCCUCCUCCCUUCCCGUCAUGUCCUCUAAGGCGGAGCCGAAGGACGUCCACCAGCUGAACGGGACUGGCCCUACUGCCUCACCCUGCCCUUCAGAUGGCCCCGGGCGAGAGCCCUUGGCCGGGACCUCAGAGUUCCUGGGGCCUGAUGGGACUGGGGUAGAGGUGGUGGUGAUUGAGUCUCGGGCCAAUGCCAAGGGGGUUCGGGAGGAGGAUGCCCUGCUGGAGAACGGGAGCCAGAGCAAUGAAAGUGAUGACGUCAGCACAGACCGUGGCCCCGCACCACCCUCCCCGCUCAAGGAGACCUCCUUUUCCAUCGGGCUGCAAGUGCUGUUUCCCUUCCUCCUGGCAGGCUUUGGGACUGUGGCUGCCGGCAUGGUGCUGGACAUCGUACAGCACUGGGAAGUCUUCCAGAAAGUGACAGAGGUCUUCAUCCUGGUGCCUGCACUGCUGGGGCUUAAGGGGAACCUGGAAAUGACCCUGGCAUCAAGGCUUUCCACCGCAGCCAACAUCGGGCACAUGGACACACCCAAGGAGCUCUGGCGGAUGAUCACUGGGAAUAUGGCCCUCAUCCAGGUGCAGGCCACGGUGGUGGGCUUCCUGGCGUCCAUCGCAGCCGUCGUCUUUGGCUGGAUCCCUGACGGCCACUUCAGUAUCCCACAUGCCUUCCUGCUCUGUGCCAGCAGCGUGGCCACGGCCUUCAUUGCCUCCCUGGUACUGGGCAUGAUCAUGAUUGGAGUCAUCAUUGGCUCUCGCAAGAUUGGAAUCAACCCAGACAAUGUGGCCACGCCCAUUGCUGCCAGCCUGGGAGACCUCAUCACCUUGGCACUGCUCUCAGGCAUCAGCUGGGGACUCUACCUGGAGCAGGAUGUCUGGCAAUAUAUCUACCCCCUGGUGUGUGCCUUCUUCAUGGCCCUGCUGCCUGUCUGGGUGGUGCUGGCUCGACGGAGCCCAGCCACAAGGGAGGUGUUGUACUCAGGCUGGGAGCCUGUCAUCAUUGCCAUGGCCAUCAGCAGUGUGGGAGGCCUCAUCUUGGACAAGACUGUCUCAGACCCCAACUUUGCAGGGAUGGCUGUCUUCACACCUGUGAUUAAUGGUGUUGGGGGCAAUCUGGUGGCUGUGCAGGCCAGCCGCAUCUCCACCUUCCUCCACAUGAACGGGAUGCCAGGCGAGAACUCUGGGCAAGCCCCUCGCCGCUGCCCCAGCCCUUGUACCACCUUCUUCAGUCCCGAUGUGAAUUCUCGCUCGGCCCGGGUCCUCUUUCUCCUCGUGGUCCCAGGACACCUGGUGUUCCUCUACACCAUCAGCUGUAUGCAGGGUGGGCACACCACUCUCACACUCAUCUUCAUCAUCUUCUACAUGACAGCUGCACUGCUCCAGGUGCUGAUUCUCCUGUACAUCGCAGACUGGAUGGUGCACUGGAUGUGGGGCCGGGGCCUGGACCCGGACAACUUCUCCAUCCCGUACUUGACAGCCCUGGGGGACCUGCUCGGCACUGGGCUCCUAGCACUCAGCUUCCAUGUCCUCUGGCUCAUUGGGGACCGAGACACGGAUGUCGGGGACUAAGCCUGGUCACUCAGCCUUCUCUCCACCUCUCUGCACUUUCUGUGUGAAAUUUUUUUUGGUUUCUCUUCCCCCACCCCACCCCACUCGACACUCCCACCUCUUUCUAGGACUUCACUUUGAUACCGAAUUCUCAUUAUUUUCAAUGGGAAUUUUUAUACAUUGAGCCAAGUUUGUAGAGCAAGAAUUCAGGCAGGACAGAUGGACUGAGAUGAAUAGUACAAGUAGAUUUUUGAGACAAUCACCAAGUGCAAUUUCAUGGUGGGUGCCUCCAGGUGAAGUGGAUUGGGGCAGGGGUUUCCAUCUGGGAUCUGGGGACGUUUGGUUUAGCUUUAGCAAACUCAGCCUCUGUGAGUGGGCUCUGGUUUUGGGGGUUUGUCUUUGUUUUCUUUUUUUCUUUUCGGUUGAACAGAGGGAUAAAUGUCACUCUCCCUUCCCCUCCCACACACACAUACUUUUUCUAGAAAUGGACCAACUUCAAAGCACUAAGCAGGAGACAGCUGCUCUGGCCCCAAAUAAUCCUAGCCCUAUUCUCUACCCUGCUCUCAAAAAGAAUGAGGUGAACUCCUUAAAUUGUGUACGUGCUCCUUACCCGAUUGCCUGAUAAAUACCACCAACCCCUCCCGUUGA